AUGCUAAUCGCUUUCUUUGUUGUUUCUUUUUUUUUUCAUUUCUUUCUUUCUUUCUUCCUGUCUGUUUCUGUCUAUCCAUAUCUAUCUUUCUAUCUAUCAUCCUUUAUAUCUAUCUAUCUAUCUAUCUAUCUAUCUAUCUAUCUAUCUAUCUAUCUAUCAUUCAUUCAUGCAUCUAUCUAUUUAUCUACCUCUCUAUUUAUCAAUCGAUCAAUCUAUCAGAAGUCGUUCUUUCUCUUUUUCUUUUUUCAUCCCUUUCCCACUCUGCCUACUCAUAUCUAUCGACCUAUUAAUCUAUCUAUCUCAGUUGUUUCAUUCGUUUACCUGUUAAUCAAUCUAUCGAUCGAUCGCUCUAUCUACCUACCACACACAUCCAUGACUUUAUCUAUCUAUCUAUCUAUCUAUCUAUCUAUCUAUCUAUCUAUCUAUCUAUCUAUCUAUGUCGUUCUUUCUGUCUUUUCUUCCUAUUUCAACCUAUUCAUAUCUAGCUUUUCUAAUCGCUUUCUUUGUUCUUUCUUUUCUUCUUUCUUUGUUUCUUUCUAUCUCUGCAUACUCAUAUCUAUCUAUCUAUCUCAUUUACUUAAUAUCUAUCUAUCUAUCUAUCUAUCUAUCUAUCUAUCUAUCUAUCUAUCUCAGUCCUUUAAUGCAUUUGUCUAUCUAUUUAUCUAG